AUGAACUAUCCUCCUACUUCUCAACAACAACAACAACAACAACAGCAGCAACAAACUCCAGUACCUGGUUAUGACAUUCAUGGUAAUCCUAUCAAGAUCCGUAAGAAACCUGGCCGAAAACCCAAUCCAGCGUCACCGGCUUUAAGAAAGGCUCAAAACCGUGCAGCGCAAAGAGCAUUCAGGGAAAGAAAGGAACGUCAUUUAAGAGAUUUGGAAAACACUAUUCGAACAUUACGAGAACAACGAAACUCUACUGCCAAGGAACUCAAGAAGACCAAGAAUCGACUGGAGACAUACAAGACAGAAAAUUGGUACCUCAAGGGUGUGAUGUUGACUUUACAAUUUAUGUGUAUGCAUCAUAAUAUCGAUCUACCUCCCCAUACACCUUAUCUCGCCGAAGAAGUUCUAAUUGAAAUAGGCAAGACACAUCCUCACGCCAUCGAAGCCUAUGUUAAUGCUUAUACUCGCAACAAUGUCAAUCUCAAACCAAAUUUAUCAGCUCACUUUGCUCAUUUAUCCAAUCCGGAUGAUCUUACUGACAAUAAGGAAAACAUCAAGGAAGUCGACAAUUCAUCAACUACUCCUCAUCUUGAACCUUCAUUUGAUCAACAAGAACAACAACAACAACAACAACAAAUUCACCUUUCUUCAACGGACUCAAUGGCAUCACCACCUCCAUUAAUACCACCACCAGAUGAAAUGGAUCAUAUCACUGAAAAAGAGGAUCAACAUCAAUUAGCACCUAUUCUCGCAGCAACAUCCAGUAUGGGCGCCAUUCAACGUAUCCGAUUACAACUACGAGUACAAUCCACAUUAUCUUCCAUCUCUGGCAGUCAUUUACCCUCAGUACGACUUCAACCUACUUUACUUCAACUGGCUAUUGCUCAUGACCCUCGUAUUGACCUGAUUCCUGCUCCUCAAAUGCGUGAUCGUAUGAUUAUCUUUCGGGAUCAAAUGGAUUAUGAUCGAUGUUUUAGUAUGUUAUUGAAUGGUGCGGUAUAUCAUGGUGGUGAUCCUACUCUCAGUCAAAGUUGGGAAUUACCUCCUUCUUUCCAUAGUGAAUAUUGGUUCCUUAGUUCAAGGUAUGAUUUGGAUACAACAAAUCGUUGGCGUCGGAUGAAAAACUUACCCGAAAUUCCUCCUGGUGGCCCCGAUCGACGAUGGACCCCGCCUCCUCCUUCUUCUUCAUAUCAUCAACCUUCAUCACCACAACAACAACAACAACAACAACAAUCUGAACCCAUUUCAUCUACCUAUUCUGAUGGUACACCUUCUACUUGGCCAGAUACUACGGUAUAUUCUCCCAAUGAUCCAUCCAAUUAUCUUAUAUCCUCUCCACCACCUCAACAAUCAACUGCUUCUCCUUCAUCAUUAUCUUCUUCUACACAACAAAAACAUCCACUUUAUGAUAAGGUAUUUGCCUCUCCUCCAGAAAUGCGCCAUCCUGUGACAUCGCCAACUUUGGAUUUGAUGAUGAACAUGAUGAACUCUUUAUCUACUGAUCAAGCAAAUAAUAUGAACGAUUUAUAGUAUGGUUUGGUCAUGUUAGUCAACACAAUAGUGUAGUCUUUUUUUUUUUAUUUAUUUAUUUAUUUUAUUAUUAUUACUUGUAAUGUAUGAAUAAACAAUUUUUUUUUAUUAAAAAUGUC